CCUAUUUGUUUCUCUCUCUAGAAAAAAAAAUAAAAUAUAUACUAACAAAAACAAAACUUUUCUCUCUCUAAAAGGAACUCUCGAUUUCGACUCCCACCAGACACAGACAGAUUAAAUUCUUUCAUGAUCUAAAUUCAUCAAUUCGUAUCUUCACAGAUCCACUGGGCUAAUUAUUAUUACUCGUAUUAUAUUAGUUACGUAAAUUUAAUGUAUUUCCCCAAACGCCCCCUCUGUUGCUGUCGCUAACAUGCACCGGAUUACGUAAACGGCGUCGUUUUUGUAUAUAUGUAUUGGUGAGAGUGUAUAUAUAUAUAUAUAUAUAUAAAUAGACACAGAUAAUUGUUGGUGUAGAAGAAUUGAAGAUGUCUAAUAAUAGUAAUCAGGUGGUUAAGUUACGAAGAAAAGAUUUGAAGGCAUGCAUGACAUGCCCGAUUUGUAAUAAGCUUCUUCGACAUGCUACUACUGUCCCUGAAUGUCUUCAUACUUUCUGCAGGAAAUGUAUCCAUAAGAAGCUCACAGAUGACGAACUUGAAUGUUGUCCAAUAUGCAAUAUUGAUCUUGGAUGUGUUCCUCUAGAGAAACUGAGGCCAGACCAUAGUUUGUCUGAUGUUAGAGGGAAAAUCUUUCCUUCAAAACGGAGAAGAGUAAAGGCUCCUGAAGUUGUGCCUUCGGUUACCUUGCCAUUAAGAAGGAAAGAGAGAUCGCUUUCAUCAUUGGUAGUCAACACACCCAGGGUGUCAUCACAAACUGCCUUGACUGGAAGAAGGUCAAAAGUCCCUCCAAGAAAGAAACAACGUGGGUCAACUUUCUCUGCUGACAAAUCUGUCAAGAAAGAGGAAGACUCUACGGAAGAUCAGCAAGAUAGCUCGAGUUCACGUGAGACUUUACACAAGUUCACACAGAAUUUAAGACAGAAUCCUUCAGCUCCGGAAGCAUCUAGUGAUCCUUCACCUAAUAAAGAAGGAAAGGAUGGGAAAGAUGAUCUUUGGAAUCCUUUGAAUUGUUUGGUGGAAGUCGCAAAUAGGAGCAAAUCUCCCAAUGCUUCACAAGGAUCUAAUGUUAAACCAGAAGCACAACAUACCCAAAUGAGUGAUGUACAUGCCCGUAAAUCGAAAGGAAAGGAUCAACUGAACCGUUCAAAGUUUCAAGAUGAGAAUGGCCUAUCUGAUCUGGAUGUUACAGAAUCAGCAAAACCUAAAAAGAUUAGAAAGUAUCGCAGAAACAAAGCAGGUUCAAAGGCUAUGCUGGAUGUUGAAGUUAAUAAUGCUCCUCGAAGAAUAAAUCCCAUUUGGUUCCAUUUGGUACCUUCGGAACAACAGGAAGGCGAGCCCUUGGGGCAGAUAGAAGGAAGUUUUGUCAGACUAAAGGAUGGUAACAUACCUGUGUCCUUUAUCCAGAAAUUCGUGACGAGUAAAUUGAAACUUGGAAGUGAACACGAGGUUGAAUUGAGAUGCAUGGGUCAGCCGCUGGUGCCAACAUUGCUGCUAGGUAACCUGAUGGAGCUGUGGCUGCAGAAACAGCCAAAAUCACAGACAGUUUCAGUUAUAAUUGGGGCAUCUGCGAAGGAAUACAUGAUGGAGAUAUCAUAUGCUAGAAAGACUUCAGGUUAGGGUGCGACUCCAGCUAUUUAAAUAUCUCCUUCAAUAUUGGCAGAGUAAAAAAAGAUCCUGAGAUGCAAAGCCAUAUGUUGAGCGUGGUAGUUUCUAGUUUUAUAGUUUAUGUAUGAGACAAAAUGAAUUGUAUAAAGUUUAAGUUACCAUAUACUUGUAAGUCUGUUUUAUAUAGUAUGGUUACUGCAUCUUCAUUAGAGUUGGAUAAAUUUUGACAUGUUACCUUUCGACAAUCCAAAUUUUCAGUAGUGUACAGUUACUCCUAGCAUACGGUGCUGUAUUUUUAAUUA